UUUGUUGUGAGCGGCUGCAAAAACUGGUGGCUGGAGGAGAGGCCGGCGCUGGAGAGUGCGCUGCGCCGCCGGCCGCUGAGGGACCGCGGGGCCCGCCGCUGCUGGCCGCUUCCAGCCUUUGCUGAGAGGUGUGGAAAUUAAAACAACACAAAUUUUGACUGGGGCUUUUGUCAAGCAAAUGCUAAAAAGCCACAUAAAGAAGAUCCCCAACAGUCAUUUCUCAACAAUUAUAUAGUCAACUGAUGUAACAAUGGUACUAAUAUUGGGACGCAGACUAAACAGAGAGGAUCUUGGGGUGCGUGAUUCCCCAGCCACUAAGCGUAAAGUUUUUGAAAUGGACCCUAAAUCUCUGACAGGUCAUGAGUUUUUUGACUUCUCUUCAGGAUCAUCCCAUGCUGAAAACAUACUCCAGAUAUUUAAUGAAUUCCGAGAUAGCCGCUUAUUCACAGAUGUUAUCAUUUGUGUGGAAGGAAAAGAAUUUCCUUGCCACAGAGCCGUUCUCUCAGCCUGUAGUAGCUACUUCAGAGCUAUGUUUUGUAAUGAUCACAGGGAAAGCCGAGAAAUGUUGGUUGAGAUCAAUGGUAUUUUAGCUGAAGCUAUGGAAUGUUUUUUGCAGUAUGUUUAUACUGGAAAGGUGAAGAUCACUACAGAGAAUGUACAAUAUCUCUUUGAAACAUCAAGCCUCUUUCAGAUUAGUGUUCUCCGCGAUGCGUGUGCCAAGUUCUUGGAGGAGCAACUUGAUCCUUGUAAUUGCUUAGGAAUCCAGCGCUUUGCUGAUACCCAUUCACUCAAAACACUUUUCACAAAAUGCAAAAAUUUUGCAUUACAGACUUUUGAGGAUGUGUCCCAGCAUGAAGAAUUUCUUGAGCUUGACAAAGAUGAACUUAUUGAUUAUAUUUGUAGCGAUGAACUUGUAAUUGGUAAAGAAGAGAUGGUUUUUGAAGCCGUCAUGCGUUGGGUCUAUCGUGCUGUCGAUCUGAGAAGACCACUGUUACAUGAGCUGUUGACACAUGUGAGACUCCCUCUGUUGCAUCCCAACUACUUUGUUCAAACAGUUGAGGUGGACCAAUUGAUUCAGAAUUCUCCUGAGUGUUAUCAGUUAUUGCAUGAAGCAAGACGGUACCACAUACUUGGGAAUGAAAUGAUGUCCCCAAGGACUAGGCCACGCAGGUCCACUGGCUUUUCUGAGGUGAUAGUUGUUGUUGGAGGAUGUGAACGAGUUGGAGGAUUUAAUCUUCCGUACACUGAGUGUUAUGAUCCUGUAACAGGAGAAUGGAAAUCUUUGGCUAAGCUUCCAGAAUUUACAAAAUCAGAGUAUGCAGUGUGUGCUCUAAGGAAUGACAUUCUUGUUUCAGGUGGAAGAAUCAAUAGCCGUGAUGUCUGGAUUUAUAACUCACAGUUAAAUAUUUGGAUCAGAGUUGCCUCUCUAAACAAAGGCAGAUGGCGUCACAAAAUGGCUGUCCUCCUUGGUAAAGUAUAUGUUGUUGGAGGCUAUGAUGGGCAAAACAGACUUAGCAGCGUAGAAUGUUACGAUUCCUUUUCAAAUCGAUGGACUGAAGUUGCUCCCCUUAAGGAAGCAGUGAGUUCUCCUGCAGUGACCAGCUGUGUAGGCAAAUUGUUUGUGAUUGGUGGAGGACCUGAUGAUAAUACUUGUUCUGAUAAGGUUCAAUCUUAUGAUCCAGAAACCAAUUCUUGGCUACUUCGUGCAGCUAUUCCAAUUGCCAAGAGGUGUAUAACAGCCGUAUCCCUAAACAACCUGAUAUAUGUUGCUGGUGGACUGACGAAGGCAAUAUACUGUUACGAUCCAGUUGAAGAUUACUGGAUGCAUGUACAGAAUACAUUCAGCCGACAGGAAAACUGUGGUAUGUCUGUGUGUAAUGGUAAAAUAUAUAUCCUGGGUGGAAGACGGGAAAAUGGAGAAGCCACAGACACUAUUCUCUGUUAUGAUCCUGCAACAAGUAUCAUCACAGGGGUAGCUGCAAUGCCCAGGCCAGUGUCCUAUCAUGGUUGUGUGACUAUUCAUAGAUACAAUGAGAAAUGCUUUAAGCUCUGAAGCCCGGAUACCUCACCCAAGAAGCCACACCGAUCCAAGACGAGAUGUGUUUAAAACUCCAGAGUGGGAACUUAUCUCCUUUGUACCAUAUGCAAAAAAUAGUAAAAAUAACAAUUUGGUGCCUUUCUCCCCCAAAUAUCUGUCUUUCAAACUGUAAUAAAGCCUUUCCUAUAAUUGAAAAAAAAAAUUCUUUUUGUUAAAGGUAAUGGUGGUUGUUGCUUGGCCUUUGAGAGUGUACCUUUUUAAGUAUUUGUAAGAAGCCUAUGUGGAGUAGAAAAUGUCCGUCUGCAUACCUUUUAGGAACUUGUGAAUAGUCUCUUCAUUUAUGUAUGUUUAUCUGCAAGACUGUAUAUUCCUUAUUUUGCCAUAUAUGUAGAGAAAAUUGCAUGACUUGAGGCUUCAUUUAGGUUGAAUCACCUAAUGUUCAGAAUGCAUUCUAAGGGGAAAAAAAUCAGUUUAAAAAAUUUUUGUCACUCACGAAGUAUAUCCAAACUGAUUAAUUUUAUUGAAGGUUUUUUUUUCCCUGUAAUUGAUAAAAAUAUAGUGAUAACAAUUCACGUAUCAUAAAAUAUUAAUUAUUGUGACUUCAUUCUUAGAAUUGCUGUCUGUUAAACAUGUUUUGCAGUUCUCCUAAAAGGGGGAUUUAAAUCACAGGUUAAUUCCUCAGAAAAAUUAAAUAACCAUUAAAGGGAAAAAUGACCCACUGUGGCUCUCAAAGUAUUUAUGCAUCAUCUCUAAAUCCUCUAAGGAAGCUCCUUUUCUUGAAUCUGACAAAUGAGUUGAAAUCCAUUUUGCAAUAUUGUCUUGUGAAAAACAAAGACAGGUUUUCUCCCCAGCCCAGUAGGGUUUGAUCUCAUUAGUAUGGUGCUUUGGGUGAGGACCUUUUCCUUGGGUUAUCCUAUUUUCUUGUGAACAGCUAAAGAUUCUAGAGUCUGUACGGUUAAGGUACCUUUAAUAGGAUAAAGCAGGGACCAGCUAUCUCAGUGGGUCCAUUUUUCUUUUAAAGUUAGCUGUCUGGAAAAAACUUAGCAGUAGUUCCCAUCUUCUAAGAUAAGUCUUUCAUUUAUUUGGUACCCACUGGUACCAAUAUUGAUCAACAUUUUCAAGCUUCUAUACAACAAACUGCUUUUGUCUAGAUUUCUCAACUCCAGUUUAUAAAGCUUAUCAAUUUUCAGGGACAAAUGUAAAAUUUUUUUCUAAGGCAAAUAGAUAGAUAUGGCAGGAACUAUAGCAUAAGUGAUUAUCAUGAUUGUGGGUGGACACCUAAUAAUUUACAACAUUUUAGGGACGUUCCAGGUAGCUUGCUCUAUUUUUACUUCCCAGUCACUAUUGUCUCUCACAUUAUACUUGUAUAUUCCUUGUCAUAGGAGAGAUGAUGCAAAUAUGUGAUGAUAGUGUCGCCAGAUUUCUCUUAAAACCAAGGUUGUAAUCAAAAACCUAACAUUAGUAAACU